AUGGAAUGGAAGGUGUCCGAGGUGGAGGAGUGGGGCGAGUAUGUGUUUGCAGAGAAGAGGGAAGAAGAGGGAGGAGAAGAAGCAGAGGGAGAAGGGGGAGAGGGUGAAUCAGAAGAGGUUGUAGCCUCCACUGAAGCCCAAGUUAGCUCCAGCACACCUGCUGAGGAGGAAGAGGAGGACAAAGAAGGCGAUGAUGAAGAGGAAGAGGGAGAAAAAGAAGAAGAGGGUGAGAAAGGAGAAGAGGGUGAGAAGGGAGAUGAUACAGAAGGUGGUGAUGAGGGAGAAGGAGAGGGGGAAUUAGAGGAGACAGUCCUGUGCUCUAAAGCCCCAGAAUCAAAGGCCUCUCCUGACAAAGAGAAGGCUGGAGAGGAGGGAAGCGGAGGAGAAGAGGAGACAGGAGAGGGAGAGGGAGAAGAGGAGGGUGAUGAUCAAGAUGAAGAUGCAGGUAGUGACAAAGGAUCCAAAGAUGGAGAUGAUAAGGAUGAGGAAGAUGAGAAGAAAGGAAAGGAUGAGAAAGAAGACAAAACAGAUGAGAAGGCAGCUGUAGCCAAGACAGAGGCUCCCAAAACAGAAGCCUCCAAGAGUGAGGCCCCAAAAGUUGAGAUCCAGAAAUCUGAGUCCCCAAAGCCCUCCAAGCCAGACUCCCUAAAAGCUGAAUCCCCAAAGGCUGGGUCCCCCAAGUCCGAGUCCCCAAAAGCUGGAUCCCCCAAACAUGAAUCUCCCAAAGCUGUAACUCCCAAAUCUGAAUCUCCAAAACCUGGCUCCCCCAAAUCUGAAUCCCCAAAACCUGCUGGAUCCCCCAAAUCUGAAUCCCCAAAACCUACUGGAUCCCCCAAAUCUGAAUCCCCAAAACCUUCUGGAUCCCCCAAAUCUGAAUCCCCAAAACCUGCUGGAUCCCCUAAAUCUGAAUCCCCAAAACUUGCUGCAUCCCCUAAAUCUGAAUCCCCAAAACCUGCUGGAUCCCCUAAAUCUGCUGGAUCCCCCAAAACCUGCUGGAUCCCCUAA